AUGGAUUUUGAGGAGGGCCAAUUUUCAACUACGUCAUCUUCUUCUUUGUCCUCUUCUAAUGUUAUCGCUACAAACCCUAAUACCCCAUCACGAAGCAAUCUGCCAACUCUCUCCCAUAAGCGAAAGGCCGGGAGGAAAAAGUUCAAGGAGACGCGCCACCCCAUCUACCGAGGUGUACGGCGGAGAAAUGGAAGCAAAUGGGUGUGUGAAUUACGCGAACCAAACAAGAAGUCAAGGAUAUGGCUAGGGACCUUUCCUACACCAGAAAUGGCUGCUAGGGCACAUGACGUGGCUGCCCUAGCAUUUCGUGGGGAAGGAACCGCUCUCAACUUUCCCGACUCAGCUCAGGUUCUUCCCCGAGCUAAGUCCACUUCACGCAGGGACAUACAAGUGGCAGCUCUAGCCGCUGCUGAAGUUUUCCGGCCACGGGCUGCCUCGCCCUCCUCGUCCUCAUCUUCUUCACUUGACUUUUCACAGGACACAAGUUUAAGGGAGGUCAAUAGACCUUCCUCAUUAACUGUGAAGAUUGAGAAGAAGGUUCUAGAGCCUUCUGCAUCUGCUUGUGUUCAUGGACGAACAGAAGAGGGUUCGGAAACAUCCACAGCAUUGUUCAUGGACGAGGAGGCAUUGUUUAACAUGCCUGGUUUGAUUGACAGCAUGGCAGAGGGUAUGCUUCUUACUCCACCAGCUAUGAACAGAGGUUUUAAUUGGGGUGGUGAGAUGGCUCAUGACAUGGUCUUCACCUUGUGGAAGGACUAA